AUGCUACCGGCAACAGAGAAGCUCCUCCCACAGACAACAGAGAAGCUCCUCCCACAGACAACAGAGAAGCUCCUCCCACAGACAACAGAGAAGCUCCUCCCACAGACAACAGAGAAGCUCCCUCCCACAGACAACAGAGAAGCUCCUCCCACAGACAACAGAGAAGCUCCUCCCACAGACAACAGAGAAGCUCCUCCCACAGACAACAGAGAAGCUCCUCCCACAGACAACAGAGAAGCUCCUCCCACAGGCAACAGAGAAGCUCCUCCCACAGACAACAGAGAAGCUCCUCCCACAGACAACAGAGAAGCUCCUCCCACAGACAACAGAGAAGCUCCUCCCACAGGCAACAGAGAAGCUCCUCCCACAGACAACAGAGAAGCUCCUCCCACAGACAACAGAGAAGCUCCUCCCACAGGCAACAGAGAAGCUCCUCCCACAGACAACAGAGAAGCUCCUCCCACAGACAACAGAGAAGCUCCUCCCACAGACAACAGAGAAGCUCCUCCCACAGACAACAGAGAAGCUCCUCCCACAGGCAACAGAGAAGCUCCUCCCACAGACAACAGAGAAGCUCCUCCCACAGACAACAGAGAAGCUCCUCCCACAGGCAACAGAGAAGCUCCUCCCACAGACAACAGAGAAGCUCCUCCCACAGACAACAGAGAAGCUCCUCCCACAGGCAACAGAGAAGCUCCUCCCACCGGCGUCAGGCGCGUCACUCGCGUCAAAAGCUUCAAGCACCAAAAUGACAAAACUAUCCCGGCAGUGAGCAGUGCAGAGAACUACUUCCUGAGCGACGGUCUGUAUCUGCCAGAGGAACAUCUGCAGGAACGCAAACAUCUGCAGCUCAGUGUGGUUCAAGUGCAGCCACUGGAGCCAGGACACCAGGAGCUCACAGAAACACUGGCCUCAGUGAAGAGAGCUCGCAAAGAACCUCCCCCCCAGGACCCCCAGGAAAGUGAGGCCCCCCAGGGCAGUGAGGCCCCCCAGGGGAGUGAGGCCCCCCAGGGGAGUGAGACCCCCCAGGGGAGUGAGGACCCCCAGGGGAGUGAGACCCCCCAGGGGAGUGAGGACCCCCAGGGCAGUGAGACCCCCCAGGGCAGUGAGACCCCCCAGGGCAGUGAGGCCCCCCAGGGCAGUGAGGCCCCCCAGGGCAGUGAGGCCCCCCAGGGCAGUGAGACCCCCCAGGGCAGUGAGGACCCCCAGGGCAGUGAGGACCCCCAGGGCAGUGAGACCCCCCAGGGGAGUGAGGACCCCCAGGGCAGAGGGGGCCCUGUGGGCUCCACAGCGUACGUAGUGGACAGAGUGAGGCCUCUCCUGCAGCAGACUGAGGACUACAUCCUGGACAUAGACCUGGACUUCUUCACCUGCAAGAACCCUUUCAAAGACCUGUACAGCCAGUCUCACGAUUGA